GACUCGCUUCUCUACACUGGCACAUCUCUGGGUGACGAUGGCGAUGGCAGCCCUGCCAGUCGAGUUGAGCUUGAAUGGAGCGCAGAGGAGGAGCCGUUUGCUCUGACUGCGACACUUGACGACGGACUCCUUUGCGAUGCUUGUGACCACCGCUUUUUGGAGCCAUCUCGAAAACAAGAGGAAGAUGUGGAAGAGGAAGGCCCAACAACUUCCAAUCCAUCUCCAGUUGUGGAGGAGAUGGAGCCCACAGUCGUGGAGGAUCGGCCUGUUUCGGCUUCGGGCAGCAGGCCUUUGAGCGAAAGAGCUGGGCGAGCGGAAGCUGAACUUGCGAGACUCACUUCCCAAAUCAACAGAUUGUACUCGGAUGUCGCUCGAGACCUCGAUGCCGGUGCUCGCGCGGUUUGGGGUGAGCUGUAUGCGCUGUUUCAGGACAAGAUGGGUGUGGAGAUGACUGACGAGGAUCAGAGUGAAAUCGAAGCCUUCAUUUUUGAGCACCUUCCAACCGAGAGCACUGAUUUGAUAUGGAGGGUUUACAAG